AUGAAGCCACCUCCUCUGUUGACCUCCUUCCUGGCUUUGUCUGGCACUGCAGAGAUCAAGCUGAUGCAGGCCGACAACUUCGAUUUGCACAGCUUCCAGACCCUGACCGGGACGAUGUUCAUGAUGAUCACCCAGCCCAACACCCCGGAAUCAGCAGAGACCUUGCGAGGCCCGGUGUACGAACUGUACGCAGACUAUGUGCUGAAGAAUCCUUUCCAUGAGAUGGACCAGGUCAUCAAGGCAGAACUGUUCGACAGCCACCUGGUAGCCACCCUGUCGGCCAGCAACAGGAAAUGGGGGGCCGCUUGA